GGGGCACGUGUCAUCUCGUAUGACCUGAACUAUUUUUGCCCCUUUUGGCUACUUGACUCUUCUGUGUCUCUCUCAUCAAAUCAAAUCCCUAAUUCUCGAGCUCGAAGAAAGAGACGAAAAUGGCACUGAGAAAUGCAAUUCUUCGUCACCUGAGGGUUCCGGUGCAAACCCUAGGAUUGAAUCAGUCUAAAAUUGGGUUCCUUGGUACGAUCCGGUCAUUUUCUUCGCACGAUGAUCAUCUUAGCAGAGAAGCUGUCGUCGAUAGAGUACUCGAUGUUGUCAAGAGCUUCCCCAAAGUCGAUCCCUCUAAGGUGACUCCUGAGGUUCAUUUCCAAAACGAUUUGGGAUUAGAUAGUUUGGACACAGUGGAGAUAGUGAUGGCUAUUGAAGAGGAAUUCAAGCUGGAAAUUCCAGACAAAGAAGCUGACAAGAUCGAUUCUUGCUCUCUCGCCAUUGAAUACGUUUACAAUCAUCCAAUGUCUAGCUAAUCGCUGUGUGCUCUCUCAUGGUUUCUCCUUCCUUUUUCUUGUAUGAGGUUCUUCUCUCUUUGAUAAUGCCAUAAUGGGAUUUGCAAAAAAAUCACUUUUAUUUGGAGAGCAUUGUUAUUGACUCUUUUAACGGUUCCAGUUUCUUAAAAAGAAAACCUUUUUGCUUGAAUCUUGUGAAAGUUGACACUUUUUCUUGAGUUAAUACUUUAAUACGAUUUGUAUAUAAUACACUUGAUUCUUAGCAUGGUCUUGAUCAUACAUUGAAGACGA